AAAAUGUCACUGUCACAAAUCCUUCAAAAGGGUCGUGCUAUAGUGAAUUGUGGUAAAUUAAGUGUAAGAAUAUCUAGAAAUAACAUUCACACACAUAAAAUGAGUGAGAAACCAGCAGAACAUGCUAAUAUCAAUGGAUUUGAGAGUAAAACUCCUUUCCUGAUCGGAGUCGCGGGUGGUACGGCUAGUGGCAAGUCGACAGUAUGCCAAAGAAUAAUGGAAAAACUGGGACAACAGCAGAAGGAACAGACAGAGAGACGAGUGGUAUGCAUCAGCCAGGACUCGUUCUACCGCACCCUGAAGCCGUCAGAGAGGCUGAGGGCCGAACGCGGACAAUUUAACUUCGAUCAUCCAGAUGCAUUUGAUGAUAAAAAACUCCUAUCAACGCUUAAAGAUAUCCUAGCUGGAAAGAAAGUUGAAGUACCUGAAUAUGACUACAUUUCAAACUCUAUUAGUCAUCGCUCACACACUAUUUACCCGGCGGAUGUGGUUCUCAUAGAGGGCAUCCUGGUGUUCUAUUUCCCGGAAGUGAGGGACCUGUUCCACAUGAAACUGUUUGUUGACACAGAUUCCGAUACCAGGCUGGCUAGACGAGUUCCCCGUGACAUCAUGGAGCGCGGUCGUGACCUGGAACAAGUGCUCAACCAAUACAUGAAUUUCGUCAAACCUGCGUUCGAAGAGUUUUGUCUGCCGACGAAGAAAUUCGCUGAUGUCAUCAUUCCUCGCGGUGCAGACAAUUUUGUGGCUAUAGACCUUAUCGUGCAUCAUAUAUGGGAUAUAAUGUAUAAGAAGCGUCCGGAAGUAAACGGGUGUAACGGUCACUUGGAGGUGGACGAAGGUAGCGGGAGGAGGUUGUCCGGCAGUUCGGAGGACACAUUGAGUCGAUAGCUUUGAUAACGUUUCACAUAUCGACGGUAGAAGACGCAAACCUCUUACAUUUUUCUUUUUUUUUUUUUUUUUAAUGUAUUAGACAGAAAAUUUUAAACGGCAAAAACCAGUAUUUAUGUUGGGAAAUUAUUUAAUAUAUUUAAUGAAAAAUGAAAAAAAAAUGCCGCAAAACAACUGUAGUUAGAUAUGCCUGAAUAUUUGACAUUAAUCAUUUUUAUUGUGUAUCCUGUUAAAAAAUAAAAUAACCACGUACAGGUUUGCUAUCUUAGCCGUCGACAUUACUUGAGUAUGAAGGUAUUUUAUAUAUUGUUUCAAUUUCUUUAAAACUAUUGUAUAUAUAUAUGUUAUAUACAUUGUUAAGGUAUUCUUUCUAAGUCUUCGCUUUGAUCGUUGCUUGAGUGAUCAUUCAGGUAGAUUUGUAAAAUAAAAAAAAAAAUAUUUUAGUUGUACCCCAAAUAUACCUAGUAAUAAUUAAGUUUGUUUUAAAAAUAAUUUUUAAGGGAAAAAUAAAGCAUAAUAAUAUCUUUAAAAAACU